AUGGACGAUAGCGACGACGAAUACGUUGAUUCGUACGCUGUCGAUAGUGUACAGCCCCGCCAAAGACAUCCUCGGCGAAAAAGAGACGGUAAAAGUAGUGGAGACGCUGGUGCCGACUCCCAACCGCAGGGAUAUGCUUGGGAAGACGAAUACCACAGAUCAUGGGAUGUUGUGCAAGAGGACUCAGGUGGCUCUUUGGCCGGCGUGGUCGCUGGAAUGGUCGAACAAGCGAAACGAAAGCGUGUUCUACACGAUACACGCCCGGUGCAGCGGGGAAUUAUUCGCAACAUUGUAUUAAUAUUAGACAUGAGCUUUGCUAUGGCAGACGUGGACAUGCGGCCUAACCGGCUCCAGGUUAUGAUUAACUACGCUAUUGAAUUCGUGAAUGAGUACUUCAAUCAAAAUCCAAUUUCCCAACUCGCAAUCGUCGGUAUGCGUGAUGGUAUAGCUGUUUUGGUAAGCCCGCUGGACGGGAAUCCAAACGUGCACCUUGACAACCUCCAGGCCUUGAGAAAGCAGUAUGGAUCGGGUGUACCUUCGCUCCAGAAUGCUUUAGAAAUGGCAAAAGUAAUUUUAAUGCAUGUGCCGUCCCAUUGUACCAAGGAAGUGCUGCUCAUUUUCGGUGCCCUCAUGUCAAGUGACCCAGGUGAUAUAAACAAAACCAUAAGUGAUUUGGUGCUCAACAAAAUUCGCGUGCGGAUUAUUGGUCUUGCAGCGCAAGUUGCGGUCUGCCAGCGACUAACUGCUGAGACAAACUUUGGCGAUAAGAGCAUGUACAACGUUGUUCUUAACGAAGCUCACUUCCGUGACCUAUUCCUUGAAUCUACCACGCCAUUGUCAAUCAACAAGCUUGCUGCCCGAUCCCAGUCUGCAUGUGUAGAAAUGGGAUUCGCCUCACGUGUUAAUGAAGCUAAGCCUUCGCUAUGUACUUGUCACGGUCGACUCACUAAGCGCAGCUACACAUGUCCUCGCUGUCUUGCUAAAGUCUGCUCAUUACCUAUGGUGUGCCCAUGCUGCCAACUCACUCUUAUUCUGAGUACACAUCUGGCUAGGUCGUACCACCAUUUGUUUCCACUUGAGAAUUUCGAGCGCAAGGAAACGAACCUUGAGCCGUCCGCUUCCUGCUUCGGCUGCAUGACCCCUCUAGACCAUGCAUACGCUUGUCCCAAGUGUCACAACUCUUUUUGCAUUGACUGCGAUGUCUAUUGCCAUGAGUCACUACAUAAUUGCCCCGGCUGUGAGGCCAUCACAACGUAG